CCCCUGACGUACACACCAGCGGAGUCUCAUCCUGCAGCUUAAGUGUUCCUCCGGACCUCCACCACCUCUCCUCCUCUUCUUAACCGGGUAUCCGCCACUUUCAGCCGGCCAUGGCGCUCCGGAGCUUCUUCGUGGGAGGAAACUGGAAGAUGAACGGCACCAGGGAGAGUCUGGAGGAGCUGAUCACCACCCUGAACACCGCCAGCCUGCACGACCAGACCGAGGUGGUGUGUGCACCCCCCUCCAUCUACCUGGACUUCGCUCGGUGCUGUCUGGAUCUCAGGAUCGGCGUCGCAGCCCAGAACUGCUACAAGGUGGCCAAGGGAGCGUUUACAGGGGAGAUCAGUCCGGCCAUGAUAAAGGACUGCGGGGCAGACUGGGUGAUACUGGGCCACUCUGAGCGCCGUCACGUGUUUGGGGAAAGUGACGAGCUGAUUGGUCAGAAGGUGGCUCACGCUCUGGAGAGCGAUCUGGGCGUGAUCGCCUGCGUCGGGGAGAAGCUGGAGGAGCGGGAAGCAGGCACCACAGAAGAAGUCGUCUACGCUCAGACGCAGGUCAUUGCAGAGAACGUGAAGGACUGGGGGAAAGUGGUUCUGGCAUAUGAACCUGUGUGGGCCAUCGGCACGGGCAAGACAGCUUCACCUGAACAGGCUCAGGAGGUCCAUGAGAAGUUGAGGGCGUGGCUCCGAGCCAACGUCUCAGACGACGUUGCCGACUCCGUGCGCAUCAUCUACGGAGGUUCAGUAACGGCAGCUAACUGCAGAGAGCUGGCGUCUCAGGGCGACGUGGACGGCUUCCUGGUGGGGGGAGCCUCUCUCAAACCAGAGUUUGUUGACAUCAUCAACGCACGUGCAUAACGGAGACUGGAAACGUCCCUUUACAUCGUCCCAAUGUGUCCUCAAACUGGGCCGGCUGAUCCACAGAUAGACGUGUGUCGAGUUACAGCAAGUUUUAUUUAGCUAAAUAUGUGUUGGUUAAGGUAAAUAAAUGGCGGUAGAAUUAAUUCAAAGUCAAUAUCUGCACUUUUCUGUCAUUUGUGGGUCAUUUGUUUUAGUUCUUUUUGUCACAUUACAGUAUUGAGUCAAACUACUGUAUAUUUCAAUUUCUUUUUACCGUUGGGUCAGUUUCUAACCGUGUUGGGUUACAGUAUCAAAUGUCUUUCAACUCGAUUGUCCGUGUUCGCUUCAAGGUCAGUAAACUUUGUGAUAAUGGGAAACUCUUCGACGGGUCCGCAUGUGUUCCGCUGAUUUAUUGAACUAUUUUAAAGAGGACACACAAAGUGUGCACGGUCUAUUUUUCAGAUGACUUUUCUUCCUGUUUCACUUUUAUUCGAGAGGUCGAAGUGGUGA